CAAAGUUUCUAUCUAAAUUUAGCAUACUUGCGAUCAUGAUUCACCGCGCUCGAAUGAUAGAAUUUAUUGAAUAAAAUUUGAUAAGCACAUAAUCUCUGCAGAAUGUUAGCAGCAGAGUUUGAUCCAAUACAUACAUUUGCCACGCGCAGUCAAAAUUCAGAACCCACUGAGAGUGUGUGCAAUUAUUCGAAUCACCAUCGGAACUUAUAACUCUCGCGCUCACACAUGCCGCAUCAGUUCGCGUUUGUCGUUUUCGUAGAGAGGUGGUGCUCGCACCUCGAACAGUGGUAAAAAAUGAUUCUAACAAUCACAUUAAUCGUGUCGGCGGUAGCAGCCAUUUAUCUUUAUCUGACCUGGAACAACAAUUACUGGAAGAAACUCAAUGUUCCCGGUCCCAGCCCCUUACCCGGACUGGGUAGCUUCCCGUCGUUUGUGCUGCAACGGCGACCCGUCGCGGAUGAGAUGGAUGAAAUAUACAGAGACUACAAACAGAAGUACAAAUUUGUCGGUGUGUUCAGCAAUCGGUCACCGCGAAUCAUGAUCACGUCACCGGAGCUAGCAAAAGACGUUCUGUCGAAAAAUUUCAAGAACUUUCACGAUAACGAAUUCGGCGAGAUGACAAACAAAGAGAUCGAUCCACUUUUUGGGCGUAAUCCAUUCAUGUUGAACGGCGAGGAGUGGAAGGCGAAACGUGCUGAAGUAACACCCGCGUUCACGACUUCUCGAAUGAAGGCGCUCUUCCCAUUGGUGGAGGACGUAUGCUCCAGAAUGACCAAAUAUGUGAAGGAAAAUCGGGGAACUGUUCAAGAUGCCAAAGAGCUGUCAGCUAAAUUUACUACGGAUGUUGUUUCCAGCUGUAUAUUUGCUUGUGAUGCUCAAUCGUUUACCAGUGAAAAACCAGAAAUUCGAGAACAAGGACGGAAGCUGAUGGAGCAAUCAUUUUCUUCGUUUCUGGUUAUGAUAUUUAUCAUGAAUUUCCCUACUUUGGCGAAAAUUUUUCAAAUUGGUAUAGUUCCAAAAUCGUUGGAGAAAUUCUUCACCGAUUUGAUGAAAGAAGCUAUUCUCCACCGUGAAGCGAGCGGUACAAACAGAGCAGAUUAUCUGGACUAUCUAAUCAGUUUGAGAAACAAGAAGGAAAUAUCGGAGCUUGAUAUGGCUGCUCACGGAGUGACAUUCUUUAUCGAUGGAUUUGAAACAUCAAGCGUAGCUAUUUCGUUCAUGCUGUAUGAAAUCGCAAAGAACCCCGAGGUACAAAAACGAUUGAGACAAGAGCUUCUGAAGGUCACUUCUGAAAAUGGAACUGUACCCUACGAUUCUCUUCUCGAACUUCCCUAUCUGGAGCAAGUUGUUAACGAGAGUCUUCGUCUGUGGCCUCCAGCAGCAUUCACAUCCAAGAAGUGCACAGAACCCAUAGAGCUGCCCCUAACGGAUUCACGAAACGUGCUCAUUGGCAAGGAAAUUUGUGCCAUCAUCAACAUCUGGUCUAUGCAUCGUGAUCCGGAAUACUACGACGAUCCGCUGACCUUCAAUCCGGAUCGGUUUAGUCCAGAAACCGGUGGUACCGGCCCGUACCGAGAGAAGGGAUGCUUCAUUCCGUUCGGCGAUGGACCACGUCAAUGUUUGGGAAUGCGUUUCGCCCGUAUGCAAGUCAAGCGUUGCUUGUACGAGCUGGUGAAGAAUUUUGAAAUCACGGUCAAUCCCAAAACGAAAGAACCCAUGAAGUUGGACCCCAAGCAAUUCCUGACCAUGCCAUUGGGGGGCAUUUGGUUGGAUUUUGAGCCGAUUUCGAAAUGAAACCUUUCUUGGAGCAUACUAGAUAAGUGUUUUUGAAGCUUUUCUUUGGAUUGAUAUACUGUAGCUGGUGAUCCUUUUAUUUUACCUUUAAGUUAUGUACGAGAAUUAAUAAAAAGCUUUAUACCAAGUGUUUUUUAAUAUAUUAGAUAAAUUUAACGCGCACUUCGCUUAU